GUGAUAGUGUCGAUGACAGCAGAUGACCUUAAGGCCUUCUUGUGUCCGACAGAUUGGUGGGACCAUGCCUUCACUGCUAUGGAGAUAUUGUUCCUGGUGUGGGGGAUCCGUCUGUGUAUCAUGGUGAGGAAGGCCCCGUCAGAGUUCAACGAGUCCAAGUACAUCUCGCUAGCUAUCUACAACGAGUUCAUCCUCUCACUCUUCCUUAACGUCUCCAUGCUCUUCCUCCAGUCACCAGCCAAUCCGGAUCUUCUGUUCAUCAUUUUCUUCUGUCACACGCAGCUCACCAUCACCCUUCUCAUCGUCAUCAUUUUCGGCAGCAAGGUCUACAUGGUUGUGAAGGGUCAGGGCAAGGGGGCGGAGGAGACCCUCAGCAUGACCAAGCCCAAGGCGGCCAAGUUCAUGCAGCGAGGACAACAAGUCAACAGCAACAACCACGGCACCCUCGACCAAGGUGACCUUCAGGAACAAUUCCAGCGGCUGUACACGCAACUGGAGUCGUUAAGAGAGAGGAACCUACGUCUGGGGAACAGACAAAUGGUGGCCAAGCUGACAGCCAUGCAGGAGGCGGCGGCCAGCACCACACCCAUCACCGCUACCAAAGUAACCGCAGCCGUGGUUACAGAGAGGAACGGCAGCAGCGCCGAGCAGCAGCAACAGUACCAGCAGCAGCAGCAACAGUACCAGCAGCAGCAGCUGGGGCGUCGCAGCCAGAGAGAGAGAAAUUACAAUGAUGGCAUCGUCAUGAAGCCUUACGUAAACAGCAUCCUGGCCAAUGAUAAGCUGGCGUGCGCCGACUAUCAAGCAGAAGCAGAAGUGGCACUUAGUACGCUGGGGACUCUAGCCAAGACCCCAGCGAAAGACCCGGUCAAAAAUGUUAACUUAUUAAGAAAGAGUAUAUCUAAAGAAGAAAUUCUUGAUAAAGGAGGAGGUAGGAGAGGAAAGAUAUUUAAUCAUCUUAAAAAGAGUACCUCUAAAGAUGAAAACAUUAAUAGUGUAUUACGCAACAGAGGGAAAGACCUAAAUGUGCUUAGAAAAAUAGACAAUAUAGAAGCAACAGUUAAAAAAAAUAGAAGAAGAAGCGAAUCGCACCUUCUCAAGACUGGCUGUAAAGACUUGGUAGAAUACAUCCGCUGUCCGGACGCGGCAGCCAUCAUUCCUGAUGACUGCAGUCACAGGACAGUCACAUCGAGCGCCAGUGUCGACGCUGAACUUGCGCGUCGGUAUACCUCACCGGAGGACUUCUGCGGCAGCCUCACCAGCAGUAACCCUUCCGACGAUGCUACUAGAAGCCCUUCCAGCGCCAAGGACCUCAAGCCCUUCGGUCACAGAAGCGCCGAAUUCCUGCUGAGGUCCAGUAUCUCGACGGAGCUUUGUGAGCGCGUCUGCCGAAGCCUGGAAUACCUGGAUGAGAGCGGCACUCGCUACGGGGCGCCCAUAGGAGGAUCAGGGGGCUGCGGAGGACCCGAAGAGGACCUGAGCCUCGAGGAUAGGUCCGUUAGGUCCGCACACUCCACCCCGCGCAGGUCACAAGGGCGCCGCUUCAGGGAGGUCCACGACCCCGACCGAGCGCGGGCCUUCAUCCUAUAUAAUCUAUCAGACCGUGCCACGCUAACGGACGAAGUGACAGUAUAGCCCAGCGUUGGUGACUGGUGCGGCUAACUAGUUAUGAGCUAAAUAUUAGUGUAGAGAAACUGAUGCACCAGUAACUGGACAGUAUUAUUAAAUUCUAUCUGUAUUAAACUGUAAAGUGUUGUGAAUUACCAAAGAGGCGUACCGACUGUUUCACAGUGACCCAAUCGACAAGAAUACUACAAUAUUACAACAGAAAGUUGGUAAAAUAUUACAAAAAAUAUAUAUUAUAUAUAUAUAUAU